ACCGGACUGGGAGCAACUCUAUUUAUUUCACAUUGCGAGCAGUUUUCAAGAUGGCGGACAAAAAGGGAAAGCAAGACCCAAAUGUUUUUAAUAAAUCAAAAGGACCUACCAAUGAACAGAUUGUUGGAAAAUUCAACCAGCUUAGGCAGGAACAAAGGUCGCUUAUGAGCAAGAUAGCUGAGCUAGAAGGAGACCAGAAUGAACACAGACUCGUUAUAGAAGCCCUGAAGGAUGUUAACGGAGAACGAAAAUGUUUUCGAUUAGUGGGUGGCGUCUUGGUGGAGAGAACAGUCAAGGAUGUGACUCCGGCACUACAACACAACAAAGAUCAGCUUGGAAAGCUGGUGGAAGCCUUGACGAAGCAGGUAGAAGCUAAAGGCAAAGAGAUUAACGACUUCAGAGAGAAACACAAUAUCAGAGUGAAAGGUGAACAGGCUCCGGAUCAGGCUGAUGUAUCGAACGACAAAGCCAACACACAAGGAGUCCUGGUUGCUGGAACAUAAUCCAUGUAUUAUCCCACGUUCAGGGUGAAUGAACUUUACUAGAAAAUAUUGGCCCCGUACCAAGCACUACCCAAUGUGGAACUGAUCUAAUCAUUCUUCUUCUCUGUACAGAAGAUUAUCCAUGUUCCGGGAGGAGAGUAAAUUAUUCAUGUUCAAGGACAUACUUGUGUGCAUGUUUUUAUGAUGCCGAGUAUUUACUUGGAUGGGGUUAACCAGUGCUUGUGAAGAAUUAUGCAUGUUGAGGGGUCAUUUUUGAUUUUAUCUUUUUAUGUUGUGUGAUUGAUACCAGUUGUUAACGAUUAAUGCAUCGAAACCAAGAACUUAAAGCAAGGGAAAACAAAAUGCCCGACCCCGACCCCAACCCCCUUUGAGCGGUAAAAAAAAAAGGGAAGUUAAAACGUGAUUUUCCGUGAUCAGAAAGUUUUGUUUAAUAGUAUGCCACGAUCCAAGCACUUUAAAGUAAACCUUACAUAUCUUUUUUGUUUUAUAUUCAGUACUCUUUUUACACUACUGUCACAGUUCUUGAUUAUAAUACCAGAAUGUAUGUUCAAAGACAAGACCUCAGAAACAAGGUUAAAUUUGAAAACUUUAUUUCAACUUAAUACUGAUGAUUCUUGUUGAAGUUGAAACCCACCCAAUCCCAGAUUAAAACGUGUAGUUAGAGA